AUGGAUAAGCAACGAAGAGAUGAGAUCCAGGCCAAGCGGGCCAAGCUGGCCGAGUUGAAGCGCCAGAGGGAGCUGCGGGCCAAGGAUACUGGGAGAGGCAGCGGCAGCCCGAGUGAUGUAUGCUGCACACCACCGCCCCCCUUUCCAGCUCUUCCAUCCAGCUUGCUAACCGCCAACCGUCCACAGCUCAUAGCCCCGACACCCGGACGAGAUAACCGCAAAGAUAUCGAGUCGCUUAUAAGCUCCCUCGUCGGCGACAGCAGACCCGUCUCCACCGGCGCCUCGUCUCCCGUGCCCAAGGGGAGCCGCCCGACCAGCGUCCUCAGUGGCGGCGAGCUGAGCGCCGAGGCCUCGGAUCUCGCAUCACAGUCACAGGCUCCCGGCCAGGCGGCAGCCGCGCCGUCGCAACCCCAGGUGCUCACUACUGUCGCCUUGCAGACCGUCUACGAGUGCCCGCCAUCGCCCGUAAAGGAGGUCGUAACCUACAGCACGGCCGCGCAGACAACCGAGGACUGGGCACCACCUACGUCGCGGGGGCGGGCCUUUUCAGAGUUGCCCGAGGAGGAUGACCUGCCCGGCGUCACCUCGACACCAAGCAAGAGGCAGAGCCGAAGAGAGCGGGACCGGGAAGAGGAAUUGAGACAGAAGAUCCGCGACGAGAUCGAGGAGGAGCUGCUCGAGGCUCGGGAGCGCCUCCAGGGUGGUCCUCUAUCUGGCGGCGCGGUGAACACCUCCAACUUCCCUGCCCGGGCACUUACGGACGAGGAGCUGAAUGCUGUCACGGCUUCCGACGAGUUCUUCGACUUCGUCGAGAGGUCGACCAAGGUCAUCGAGCGGGCGUUGGACCAGGAAUACGACGUCUUGACCGACUACACUUUGCAAAUCCAGAGCCUAGAGGAUGACGAGGAGCAGACGGGCAACACGGCAGGAAAAGGCCGCCGGCGGGUCAAGGAGGUGGUGCAAUUCUAUGAUGAACGCUGGUCAAAGAAGCGAAUGGUGAGCAGUAUCGACUUCUCGCCCAAGUUCCCAGAGCUGCUUCUGGCUUCCUACACUAAGAACCCAUCCGCGCCGCACGACCCGGACGGCAUCGUGCAGGUAUGGAACUCACAUCUACAUGACCGACCUGAAUUCCUUUUCCACGCCCAGUCAGAUAUUCUCACCGCCAAGUUCUCUCCAUUCCAUCCAAAUCUCAUCAUUGGCGGUACAUACUCUGGUCAGGUUCUUUUGUGGGACACGCGCGCCAAGUCUGCCCCUGUGCAGAAGACGCCCCUGACGGGCACCGGUCACUCGCACCCCGUCUACUCAGUCGACAUUGUCGGCACUCAAAAUGCCAACAACAUCAUAUCCGUAUCCACCGACGGCCAAUUAUGUGUUUGGUCUGUCGAUAUGCUCUCACAACCGCAAGAGCAACUUACCUUGACCAACCCGCACCCCAGCAAGUUCGAUGAUGUCGCUCCAACGACUAUGGCCUUCCCUGCUGCCGACCCGACCUACUUCCUCGUUGGCUCCGAGGAGGGCCCCAUCUAUCCUUGCCAUCGCUACGACCGCGCCGGCGCCAAGGCCGGCAUCGAUACCCGCGUUGCUUACAAGGGCCACGCGGCCCCUGUCAUGUCGGUCGCCUUCCACCCUCCACGCGGCCCGGUCGACCUGGGUGAUCUGGUUCUGUCCUCUUCGCUCGACUGGUCUGUGAAGCUGUGGAAGGUUCGUGCCCCGGCUGCCACGUCCACGGUAGUUGAGUCUGCUGGCACGUCGAUUCACCCGCUGCUGGAUCUUGUUCGUGAGGACGUCGUCUAUGACGCCGCCUGGUCGCCCGUGCGUCCUGGCGUCUUUGCGCUGGUGGACGGGGCUGGCUCGCUGGAGAUCUGGGAUAUCAGCGUGGAGACCGAGAUCCCCAUCGCCAAGAUCAGCCCCACGGCCCGAAAGGAGGGCCGCCAGCUCCUGAGCAAGAGCUUGAACAAGGUGGUCUGGGAGGCGAGCGAGGGCAAGAGGCUUGCCACGGGCGGGAUCGACUCGACCGUGUCCGUCUUCGAGGUCGGCCCUGAUCUCGGCGGUAAGGACGGCGUGAGGGCCGAGGAGUGGACGAGCGUCAAGAAGUUGGUCGCUAGGCUCGAGGCUGCAGGGGCCGGGGCUGCGGCGGGAGCGACUGCAUAA